CUCCUCUGCAUCUUCCUCGCCCUCUCUCUAUCCCUCCUCCUCCUACAGUUCAAUUUAUUCCCCGCCAUUGAUCAGUGGUAAGCUUCCCCUCUUCUUGCAUUCUGUAGCUGUUAUUGCUGUUGUUGCUGUAUGCAUCUCCCCUUUGCCCCACCUUAUGCCAGCAGAUCAUCCCACCCCUCCUAUCACUGGAAUGUACUCUCUCCUUUUUGGGUUGCGUGCAUUCUUCCUCCCUCUCACUGACCCCCCCGGGUGGCCUGCUUUGCUGUUUCAUCUUCACUUGCCGGGGGAGAUCAAGAUUAUUUCUGUCGGACACGUGUGGCAUUUGACUCCAGGCUUGUUCUGCACAUUCCCAAUGAUUCAUGCUGAUCGCGUGCUAUUAGCCAAUCUCUCCUCGUUGCCUUUGUCGCCUUCCCAACGUCCCUCUAGCCUUCGUGCCCGAGAUCAGCUCGAAACUCUUAUUGCAAGACACGGUCACCCCCCCAGAGUUUCGCUGUCAUCCCUCGAGGAAUUGACGGCCACCUCGUCGACUUAUAGUCCGCCCUCGCCCCAGUCUCCCGUCUCCGACACGACCGACUAUUUAGCUACUCCCAGUCUCAAUCCUUCUGCCUCUCGACCUAUUCCUAUCCCGAAGCGGUCGCACAGCACACAAGCUCACGACUUCCCCGUCACCCCGUUGACCGGACGCUUCGACAAGGGCUACUACUUCGCCCAACGCGAGCAAGCCCUCGAGAGGAGCCGUGACAAGCCAGCACACAGACAGUCCUCUCGCCCGGGCCAUCGUCCACACUUCUCAGAAUCGUCCAGAAUGCGCUCUGACAGCUCGACGUUGUACGCGCCGGUCGCGACUCCUGCCAUGUCAUCUGGUCGCCCUCUUUCUCCGCAGCCAUCACGGGCUCGGGGCGGAAACCCCUCCAAGACAGCGCCUUCCUUCCAACUGGGAAGCCUGCCACGCUUCCAUCCCGCAGUGUAUCAAGGUUCGGGUACCUCCCAGACUCUGUCUGCGCAACCUCCGUCGUCGCCCCGACAAUCCCGACAGCAUGGCUACCGCGCGUCAGCUGGCUCUCGCGACUCCUUGUUCCAAUACCGGGAAUUGGCGGAUGGAAAUACUCUCGUCAAAGCUCCCUCACGCCCGCUCUCGCCCAGUGCACCCCGUCUCGACCCUCUGCGCAGCCCGGGACCAGUCACGCCUCUUGCACUCGAAGAUGCAGGAGGGUAUCUGGGCUCUGGCACCACGGCCGACACUGCGCGAGAGAGCCACUAUUCCGGCCCGGCGCCCGAUGUCGUGGAGAGGCUCAUCGCCCGGGAGGCGGAGCGGGCUCGCCAGAAGGCCAGGAAGGGGCUUAAGGGAUACUGAUGGGUUUCAUCGUCGCGAGCAACUCGAUCCCCUGCAUAUUGCUUCUUUUUGUGUAUUAUGAGAACAUGCGCCUAUACCCCAUAUCGCCAAACCCAGAUAUUGUUGUUUUUCAUUUCUUUCGGCUCUUGACUUACAUACGACUUAUUCUGGCUUUAUCGUUCGUACCGUGCUCCUCUCUUGGUGUCAUCUUAAUUUGUGGGAUAACACCUUUUUACUCCGAGCUUUGAUUGCGAGGACUGCACAGAAACAGACUGUCAUCCUCGAGAUUAGACUGGACAUGAAUAGAAAUUGAUCAGAGCAAUGCUGCAAGCAUUGUAUUUUGACAUCAA